AUGCCCUUCCUGCCAUGCCCGCGCGGCCCGAAGCGCCCACGCCGUCGCGCUUGCCAAACCAUCUACACGCAGCUACGCGCCAUCCACGCCACGGACCUCGCUGAAUACAACCACGCUGCCAAAGGCCUUGAGGAGGUCCGCGAAUAUCCUGCGGGCUUCGUCUCCCAAGCCUACUUUGAUGCGUACUUUCCGCGCGACUCCUUGGCGACCUGGCUCCCGCUCCAAAACAACCAUGUCUCUCCCUCGAACUCCAAGAUACGCCUCACCAUCAUCGAGAAGCUCGUCUCCCAGGCCAACGAUGCCAUUUGGGAGGACGUCCCCCAGCUUGGACAGCUUUUGGGGGAGUAUGAACAGCUCUACCUCUCGUCGCUACGCGUGCCGGGCUGCGGGAAGUUCAUACUAGCUGAAGCAAACUAUCUUCACCCUUGCAACAUCGUCGCCGAGAUACACCGAGUCAUACCCGACUAUUCCAAUCGAUCCACAACCAGCAUGAAGCGCAGACGAGUCGCGAGCGCUGAAGAAGAAGACGACUGGCCUCCUCAGUUUACGGUAUGCGGUCGCCAUCACGAGCUCGCUGAGUGCCAAUACGUCUUGGGCGGCCCAGAUGGAUGGAAGGGAAACCGGGAUGCGCAUAUCGAGCGCAAACGUACUACCGAAUCCGACGUGGGUCGUGACAUCGCCAAACUCUACGAGGAGAAGCCCGUUUGGCUUCGCUCUGCUUCGGCGAGAGUACGAGUACGGCUUCGAGUGGCUAUGAGGGAGGGCCCCUUAGUCUCCUCGCCACAACACGGGGCAGAGUCGCUGGCCGCGCGGAAAGUGGCGCGUCACUUUUCCAUUCAUGAGGAGGUCGUAAUGAGGGCGAUGGCGGUCUCCGACCGGCGUAAGGUCCACACGAGGAGCCCGAAGGAGUCCGUACGAAGAGCCCGAAUCGGUGUUGCUGCUGGUUGUCCACCCCCUCAGCCGCUCUCCCUGGCUGCAAUCAACACCCUGAGCCAGCUCCGCGAGCUACGUCUCCAGAAUACCAAGGCGUCCGACAAGAAACGCGAGGGCCUAGAGGCGCAGGCUGCGUGGGACGCCCCAGAGGUGAGGUUGCCGGCGUACCGGAAACGCGUGGACCAGCUGCAGCCUCGUUGCAGCUGGAGUCAUGGAUCACCGAGAACGCCGGUCCCUGAUCCACUCGUGGACAAGGUCGAGAACGUCUUGAUGACUUUGCGGGACCAUGAGGCAUAG